GAGACUGAAACCAGCUAUUCAGAAUGGCAGCUUGUCGGUAUUUUCAACUUCUCAACCAUAUGAUUGGUUGUAAGGAUGUGAUGGUGUUCCUCCAAGCUCCUCCCGCAUGAGGUGACAGGAUUAGAAGAAUAAGUAGAGCCUGAUUAGUUUUUAGCAGCCUUGUGCAAAAUGUCUCUGGACAGACAAACAAAAACGCAUGGAUUCUGACAUACUACUGUACGAGUUAAGGAGACGAUGGUGCUCUCCCUGGUUCUCUCCUCCUCAGGUCAACAUGUUCAACCUCAUGAGCAAUUGCUGCAGCUGGAUCUCCAAACUCCAGCAACCCCUGAGGAAGAUCACAGUGCUAGUUGUUGGUUUGGACAAGGUUGGAAAAACAUCUUGUGUCAGAGGGAUGUUGAGAGUGCCCCCCGGAGAAGUAGGCCCCACUCAUGAAUGUGUCCGCACUGAAUUAAAGCUGGAGAACUACUUGGUUAACAUACUGGAUAUGGGUGGGGCUCAAGAGGUUCGGGGGUCCUGGAGAGAGCAUUACGGUGAAGCUCAUGGCAUCAUCUUUGUGGUGGAUUCCAGUGACAGACAACGAAUGAAAGAGGUCAAAGAAGCUCUAGUGGACUUGCUGAAGCAUCCAAGAGUAGCAGGAAAGCCUCUUCUUGUGCUGGCCAAUAAACAGGACAAAAUGAAUGCUCUGCUGGGAAAUGAACUCAUUGAAAUUCUCUCCCUCGAGAGGCUGGUCAACCAGAGCCGGUCCCUUUGCCAUAUUGAGCCAUGUUCUGCCUCAACGGACCUGCGUCGCUGGUCAGACAGAAAGACCCUGCGAGGCCUCAGAUGGCUACUGCGAGCCGUGUGCCUGGACUACCCAGACCUCUGUGGCCGCGUGAUGAGAGACGGGAGGCGCCCAUUAGGACCAGAAGAAAAGGAAAAGAGAGGAAAAAUAGAGAAGAGCCGGAACAAAUCUAAAGAGGAGAGAACACGGACAAGCAAAACAGAUAUCCGUCAAGAGCAUCACAGUGAAACUGAGAGGAAAAAUGGGACUCUGCAACCAAUCAGAAAUAUUCUAAAUAAGGAGAACUCUUCAAAAAAGAAAUUAAGCAAAAAGAAGAAAGUGAAUGUUAAAAUUAAGAAGGAGAGUCUAAGCAGAGGAAUAAAUGAAAAAGAGGUGGAGGAGACGGAAGGAAAUGAAGCAGAACAGGAACACAGCAUCCAGAAAGACAAAGCCAGCAGUGCAUUGCUGCUCACACCAAAACGUGGAAAGCUGAAACGUAAAGUUAAAGUAAAAGAAGAGAACUCGGGUAUACCUGAAUCCCCCAUCAGUGAGGUCUCCAAACCCUCUAGAGGAAAAGAGGAAAGAAAGAGAAAAAAGAAGACUGUUAAAGUAAAACGAAAGAACAAGAUAAACACAGAGGAAGUUCCCACUGCUUAUGCACAGCCUGUUGAUCUUUCAACUACUUUCGACCUUUACCGAAAAGCAAUUUUGGCUCUCAAAGCCCGACAGGAACAGGACAUUGUUUCUGGAUAGUGAAGAAAAAGUAUCGUGAAGGUUAUCACAAAGAAUGAAGAAAUGGAUGGCUUGCUGAACCACGUAUCAAUGUCUUUUACCCACUGGAUGAUGAACUGAGCCCAUCUGCAAACUAGUUACUGUUUUGUAUUGGCUAGAAGGUCAUCAUCAAUACUUUUGUAAAGACUUUUUGAGGCAACUUUAAUAUGAAUGUAUAUAAUUUGUAUUGUAAUUGUAUAAAGAGAUUGUUGAGU